CAUACAACAUGUCCUUUAAAAAUCUGGAUAUAACAUUUAUUUUUUUGUGUUUUCUAUCUGCUAGUUUCGAAUUUUUGUUAGAUGGAAAACCCCAUUCAUCAUUUAAUACAACGAGUGUAGUCGUCACUGACCAGUUAAGCCUUCUGAAGGAUUUGAUAAUUGAGGAACGUCAGGCUAGGAUUCAAUUGAAAAACCAGAUGGAGAAUCUACAAAAUUAUACCAAAUCUUUGGAACAACAGUUACAAAGUAUAAAUAAUACACAAAGCAGCAACCACCAAUUCAUUGUUUCUGAAAAUAAGCGGUUAAAACAAGAUAUUUUUACACUUUUCAAAAUGGAGCUGAACAUAUCGAAAGAAAUUACAACAACGCACACAAAGAUAACAAACAUGACAGCAGUACUUAACCAAAAAGUUCAUACCACUGAAUUAGAUUCAAGACAGAACUGGAAUAGUACAAAGAAGUUUCUGAAUACCAUUUUAAGUAAUGAAUUCAAAACUAAUGAUCGGAUACUGGCACUAGAAUCAAAUAUGACUAAGACGUAUGCAAAAAUAGUUCAGAAACUUGGAGCAUGGUCGCAGAGAGCAUUGUUCUCAGCAUGGCCUGAUACUACCACCAUACACGCCGGGGGAGAAAUUCCUUUCACCAAAAUUCAGGUCUCAAAUGGAAUCAAAGACUUAUCGCCGAUAAGGAACCAUGGAAGAUUCAUUUGUGAAAAAGACGGAUUUUACAUUGUUUCGUGCUUUAUAAGGACGGACACCAGUAGCGCUAAAUUUCGUAUCGAACGAAAUAACGAUAUAAUAGCGGCUGGUUCAAAACAUGGAGAUUCUGGAUUUGAAUCUCACGCCGCCAUUGUAGCAGUACAUCUACACGUGGGAGAUGUCAUCAAUGUAACUGCUGGGGACACAAUGGUUGUUGACAGUAAAUUUGACUCCGUAUUUACUGUUGUUCAAAUCAUUUGAAAACAAAU